AUGGACAAGCAGUGCAAAGUCUUCGAGGACCCCGAUUACGCAGACCUCGAUAGCAGUGCAUGUGAUUCAAAAAAGAAUAUAAGUAGUUUCGGAUUACUGCAGAAGAGUUCCUCACACAUGUUGGCUGCUACAAGUACACCUAUUACGUCGCCCAAGGAUAGUAAUGUUAAGCGGCCUAGGAUGGAUUCCGAUAAUAUAGUAGCAGAAUAUAUGGGCAAAUAUCGUAUUGCACUGAUCGAUGGGAAAAAUGAGGCAGUGAUAUGCCGAAGCUCUUCGUUUUUUGGACCCAAGCUUGUUGUAUGCAGCCAAGACAAUUGGGAAAAUGCCUAUGAGGAGGAGUAUCCCAAGAUUGAUUGGAAGAUAGAGAAUUGUGAGGUGAUAUUUGAAACAGAUGACUUGCAAGAGGCGCUCGCCAAGCACAAGGCUCUUCAAAGAACAUACAGCACUGCCAAUUGCAGUCAGUCUUCCAAGUCGACUGUAGUUUGCACGCAAAAGCGUCAAAUAAAC